GGCCCGGGAAGGGAGGCCGUGCGACCCUAGGUCGCCGUGGCCCGGUAGUGGCGGGCCCCGGGUAGGCUCGCCUCAUCCUCCCGCGCUGCCAUGCAUCCGCGGCGCCCGGAUGGAUUCGAUGGCUUGGGCUACCGGGGCGGGGCCCGGGACGAGCAGGGCUUCGGCGGCGCUUUCCCUGCAAGGUCUUUCAGCUCCGGCUCGGAGCUGGGCCACUGGGUGACGACUCCCCCAGACAUCCCAGGCAGCCGCAACCUGCACUGGGGCGAGAAGAGCCCGCCGUUCGGCGUGCCCUCCGCCUCCACGCCGCACGAGGUCCCCGCGGAGGAGCCCUUUCCUGGCACUGGCGGCGGCGGCGGCGGCGGCGUGCAGGGGCAGAGCAGCGAACAAUUGAAUAGAUUUGCUGGAUUUGGUAUUGGACUUGCAAGUCUUUUUACAGAAAAUGUGCUGGCCCAUCCUUGCAUUGUCCUACGCCGUCAAUGUCAGGUUAAUUAUCAUGCUCGGCAUUAUCAUCUCACUCCAUUUACAGUCAUCAAUAUUAUGUACAGCUUCAACAAAACUCAGGGACCAAGAGCCCUGUGGAAAGGAAUGGGAAGUACAUUUAUUGUCCAAGGAGUCACACUUGGAGCAGAAGGCAUAAUUAGUGAAUUCACACCCUUGCCAAGGGAGGUUUCACACAAAUGGAGUCCUAAACAAAUAGGAGAACACCUUCUAUUGAAAUCCCUAACUUAUAUAAUAGCAAUGCCUUUUUAUUCAGCAAGUCUAAUUGAAACAGUACAGAGUGAAAUAAUUCGAGAUAAUACUGGCAUUUUGGAAUGUAUUAAAGAAGGAAUUGGAAGAGUGAUAGGCUUGGGAGUGCCUCAUAGCAAACGACUUCUUCCGCUUCUUUCCUUGGUCUUCCCCACGGUGCUGCAUGGCGUUCUUCAUUACAUCAUCAGCUCAAUUGUUCAGAAGUUUGUUCUCCUGAUUCUAAAGAGAAAGACUUAUAAUAGCCACUUAGUUGAGAACACUAGCCCUGUGCAGAAUAUGUUGGAUGCUUAUUUUCCAGAACUUAUUGCUAACUUUGCUGCCAGUCUUUGCUCUGACGUUAUACUUUACCCACUGGAAACAGUUUUGCACCGCCUUCACAUUCAAGGAACACGCACAAUAAUUGACAAUACAGACCUGGGCUAUGAAGUACUUCCAAUUAAUACGCAGUAUGAGGGAAUGAGAGACUGCAUCAAUACGAUAAGGCAGGAGGAAGGAGUGCUUGGUUUUUAUAAAGGGUUUGGUGCUGUUAUAAUACAGUAUACACUGCAUGCAGCUGUCUUACAGAUUACCAAAAUUAUUUACUCUACACUUCUUCAGAAUAGUGUUUGAGAUUAUGUUUCAUCACUGGCUAGUCCAGAAGGUGUACCUGGACAAUUUACUAUGAAAUGAUGAGGGCUAAAAUGAAAGACUGGGGGGAAAAUGGAGUGGGAAGUGAACCGAGCAGACAAAACCCAUUCAGAUUAUGUUGACUCCUCUUUUUUUUUUUUUUUUUUUUU